GGCGAUGUUUCUACUGUGACGUAUAAUCUAGUGGACGGAACGCUUCUUCAACAACUGCAGCCACCUCGGUAGCUCGCUAGACAACAAAGUCGGAACAUUCAAGUUCUUUAGACAAUUUCCUGGUUUAAUUUGCAACUAUGUUUUAAACAAACUUCUGUGUGAAAGAACUAGUUAUCCCAUUUAAUUUCGUAUUGACGUUGUUGCUGUUAGCUGUCUGGUUAAGUUAACACUAGUCUAGUCGCUAAUGCUAAUGAGCUAACAUCCCCGACCAUGAGUUUACUAAGCUACACUGAGAAUUGCUUGACGGAGAAAGGAAAUCUCAUGGGAGAGGAGACUGUUACCGUCAAGAAAGAAGUAGAAGGUGAGGCUGUUACAGUGAAAGAAGAAGGGGAAGAGGCUUUCAGCGUGAAAGAGGAGGAGGAUGUUACAAUGAAGGAAGAGGAAGAUACAGUUUUUGUAAUGAAGGAGGAGGAUGGGGAGAUGACUGUCACAGUGAAAGAGGAGGAAGACGUUUUUGGAGUGAAGGAGGAAGAGGGGGAGAUUACUGUCACAUUGGAGGAGGACGAAGAAGAGAAGACUGGAGAACUGAUUAACACCAGUAAAAACAGAAAGAGACCAGCCUCUCACUCUGACAGCAGGAAGAGUCCUUCAGGGGGACCAGGCCCAGAGACUCCCAAACCAGCGAGACGACAUCACUGCUCCCUGUGUAAAAUGAGUUUUAAGUGGUCAUGGAAGCUGAAAGAGCAUAAAAGGACACACGUAGGAGAAAAGCCAUUCCAAUGCUCCCAGUGUGGAAAGAGUUUUACUUUGUUAGGGAGCCUGAACAAACAUAAGAGAAUACACACAGGAGAAAAGCCUUAUCACUGCUCCCAAUGUGGAAAUAAUUUUAUGUGGUUAGGGAGCCUGAACAAACAUAAGCGAAUACACUCGGGAGAGAAGCCUUUCCCCUGUUCCCAUUGUGGAAAGAAUUUUAGGUUGUUAGAUACCCUGAAGGAGCACGAGAGGACACACACAGGGGAAAAACCUUACCAUUGCUCCCAGUGUGGAAAUAGUUUUUCCCAGUUAGGGAACCUAAACAAACACAAAAAAAUACACUCCGGAGAGAAACCGUACCCCUGUUCCCAUUGUGGAAAGAAUUUUAGGUUGUUAGAUAAUCUGAAAGAGCAUGAGAGAACACACACAGGGGAGAAACCUUACCAAUGCUCCCAGUGUGGAAAGGAUUUUACCCAGUUAGGAAACCUAAAAAAGCAUGAGAUAAUCCACUCUAGAGAUAAGCCUUACCACUGCGCCCAUUGUGAAAAGAGAUUUACCCAGUUAGGGAGCCUGAACAAACAUAAGAGAAUACACUCUGGAGAGAAGCCUUACCCUUGUUCCCAUUGUGGGAAGAAUUUUAGGUUGUUAGAUAAUCUGAAGGAGCAUGAGAGGACACACACAGGGGAGAAACCUUACCAUUGCGCCCAGUGUGGAAAGGAUUUUACCAAGUUAGGGAACCUAAAAGAGCAUGAGAGGACACACACAGGGGAGAAGCCUUAUCACUGCUCCCAUUGUGGAAAGAGUUUUAUCCAGCUAGGGAACCUGAAUAAACAUAAGAGAAUACACUCUGGAGAGAAGCCUUACCCCUGUUCCCAGUGUGGAAAGAGUUUUACCCAGUUGGGGAACUUAAACAAACAUAAGAGAAUACACUCUGCAGAGAAGCCUUAACAUUGUUCCAAGUUAGGGAACCUGAAAAGGCAUGAGAACAUAAACACAGUUUGGUUAGAGUUUUAGUUCGGGAACCUAAUUGUGGAAAGACAUUUUCCCGGACAGAGAAUCUGAAAUCACAUGAGAGCAUAGACAAGACUAGUGUUCUGACUUAUGUUUUUGAGUGUUGUUUUUAUCAAAUCCCCCCCCCCCCCCCCCCCUCCCCCUAAAUAGUCCUACUUUAGUUUUUUCCUCUUGAGACAUGAUUACAAUUACAAUAAAGUUACAAUUUAAAAUGUGUAUUUUAUUUUUAUUUUUAUUUUGGAUUGAUUGAAUAGAAAUAUGAACCCUCAGAUGUUAAUGAUAUGAUUUGGAAAGUUGUCAAAUGUAAUUAUUAAAUGGAGGAAUAUAAAACGUAUCUGUAAGCCACCAUUUUCCAUUUUAAAACAGGUUCUCUGGCAGAAAAUGCGUAUCAGCUAAUUACAAUCAGGGAUUUACUAGCAGGCUAAAUUGAAGCGGUUCUCAUCAGAUAACAUGGCACACGUUACAGCCCUAUGCUUGUGUUGGUUGCAGGAGCAGUACGCUGCUGUUUCCUGCUCGGCAAAUAUCUCAGAAAAAGUACAAAUGUGAGCCCACAACCCAAAUGUAUCACAUAAGAAGUAGAUGGCGUAUCUCACAAUCGAUUGUCCGUCCCGAAUUUAGUGUGUUCACUGUGACAAAGUUGAUUAUUUUCAUAGCUUUGUGAUAUUCCACACAGUUGAGACUGCAAUACUGCCAUCUGUAGGAUGAUGAGACUGCAAUACUGCCAUCUGUAGGGUGAUAAUGAGACUGCAAUACUGCCAUCUGUAGGGUGAUAAUGAGACUGCAAUACUGCCAUCUGUAGGGUGAUAAUGAGACUGCAAUACUGCCAUCUGUAGGGUGAUAAUGAGACUGCAAUAGUGCCAUCUGUAGGGUGAUAAUGAGGCUGCAAUACUGCCAUCUGUAGGGUGAUAAUGAGACUGAAAUACUGCCAUCGGUAGGAUGAUAAUGACACUGCCAUCUGUAGGAUGAUAAUGAGACUGCAAUACUGCCAUCAGUAGGAUGAUAAUGACACUGCCAUCGGUAGGAUGAUAAUGACACUGCCAUCUGUAGGAUGAUAAUGAGACUGCAAUACUGCCAUCAGUAGGAUGAUAAUGACACUGCCAUCGGUAGGAUGAUAAUGACACUGCCAUCUGUAGGAUGAUAAAUGAGACUGCCAUCUGUAGGAUGAUAAUGAGAGUUAAACCUGUAAACAUACCAUAUUCUAAACAUUGGGUUUUAGGCUGGGUUUCUGUACAGCACUUUGAGAUAUCAGCUGAUGUAAGAAGGGCUUUAUAAAUAAAUACAUUGGAUUUUAAUUCUUUCCACAAUAUGGAUAUUAGGCCAUAUCAACGUUGUCGGUCCUACAUUUAGGUGUUCCUGUAAUAUAGUCUAUUCAAUAUGGUUAUUAGGCAAUAGCACUGUGUUUGUGUUCAAGGCUGAAGAAAGAGGUAGUUCCUUAUUCAAUUCACUCUUCAGUAAAUUUAGGAUUUUAAUUUCCUGAUCAGCAUUUUGUGCCGGAGAACCUGUUUUUAAAAUGGAAACGGUUGCUUAUGAUCGAAAGCAUGGACCCAGUUUGUAUUUCUUAAUUAUAACCUUCAUGAAUUUAGUAUUUUGGUUUCAUUGAGUUAAUUUGUGCACCAGGGCUCUAUUCAGUCUUUACAGCUGAAGCGUUACAGGUUCCGCUAUAAAAAUAUAAAAGGUCAUUUCGGAUUGAGCCGACACGUGCAGGGUUUACCUUGAAUGCAUUGCCUUUACAUUUCAAUCACGCUGUAAAGCUGAACUUGGGCCUAGUGGAUUCAAUAGAGCCCUUAGUCUUCAAGCUAAAGUUGUAUAAAAAUGUGAUAACGUAGUUCUGAUAACGAUAAGUUGCUGACAAAAAAAACUAUUUCCUAGCUACUUCAUGAAUGUUUCCCAUCGGUAUUAUUAAACCAUUUCCCAGCUACUUCAUGAAUGUUCCCAUCGGUAUUAUUAAACCAUUUCCCAGCUACUUCAUGAAUGUUCCCAUCGGUAUUAUUAAAACAUUUCCUAGCUACUU